CAUCUCGUCAACCACCUCGGUAGCUUGCUAGCCAACACAGCCGAAAGAUUCAAGCUAUUUAUACGCUUUCGGUGUAAAUUAGCUACUGUGUUUUAGACACAGUUCUGUCGUAUCUACUUGUUAACCUACUUAAUUGAAUAUUACGUUAUUUUGUAUUAGUCAGCUAUAGUAUCUGGCUGGUUAAAUUAGCACUAGCCUAGUCGCUAAUGAUAGCUAGCUAGCUAACAUCCCCGAACAUGAGCUCCCUAAACUACUCCCCUCUUGUUAAAGAAGAGGAGGUCUGCUGGUCGGAGAAAGAAGGUCUGGGGCUGAACAUUGUCGUGAAAGAGGAGAAGGAAGAAGAGGAUGAUGUCACAGUAAAACAAGAAGUAGAGAGUGAGGCUGUUACAGUGAAAGAAGAAGAGAAAGACGUUUCAGUGAAAGAAGAGGAAGACGCGUUCAGAGUGAAAGAGGAGGAUGUUACAGUAAAAGAGGAGGAAGAGAAAGAGGGGAAUGCAGUUUUUGGAGUGAAGAAGGAAGGGGAGAUUACUGUCACAUUGAAAGAUGAAGAGGAGGAGAUAGGAGAUCUGAUUAACAUCAGAGAGAGACGGGACUGCCGUGGGUCCUCUGGGGAGUCUCAACAACAUCAUGAUGCUGACGAGGCAGAGAAGAGUCCCUCCAGAUCAGAACACCUCAAUAAACACCUGCAGAGAUCCACAGGGAAGAGAACUCACUGCUGCUCUGACUGUGGGAAGAGAUUCACCUCAUCAGGCAUUAAAAUUCAUCAGAGAAUCCACACAGGAGAGAAACCUUAUAGCUGUGGGCAAUGUGGGAAGAGUUUUACCUCAUCUAGCUGUCUGACUAAACACCAGAGAACACACACAGGAGAUAAACCUUACAGCUGUGAUCAAUGUGGGAAGAGUUUUGCUGCAUCUAGAGCACUGAUUCUACACCAGAGAACACACACAGGAGAUAAACCUUAUAGCUGUGGGCAAUGUGGGAAGAGUUUUGGUCGAUUUUGCUAUCUGACUCUACACAAGAGAACACACACAGGAGAGAAACCUUAUAUCUGUGGUCAAUGUGGGAAGAGUUUUGCUGCAUCUAGUGAUCUGACGGUACACCAGAGAACACACACAGGAGAGAAACCUUAUAGCUGUGGUCAAUGUGGGAAGAGUUUUACCUCAUCUAGCAGUCUGACUAAACACCAGAGAGCACACACAGGAGAUAAACCUUAUAGCUGUGUUCAAUGUGGGAAGAGUUUUGGUCAUUCUGGCUCUCUGACUCAACACCAGAGAAUACACACAGGAGAGAAAUCUUAUAGCUGUUAUCAAUGUGGGAAGAGUUUUGCUACAUCUAGCUGUCUGACUAAACACCGGAGAACACACACAGGAGAGAAACCUUAUAGCUGUGGUCAAUGUGGGAAGAGUUUUGGUCGCUCUGGCUCUCUGACUCAACACCAGAGAAUACACACAGGAGAGAAACCUUACAGCUGUGAUCAAUGUGGGAAGAGUUAUGGUCGAUCUUGCCAUCUGACUCGACACAAGAUAACACACACAGGAGAGAAACCUCAUAGCUGUGUUCAGUGUGACAAGAGAUACUUUGAUAAAAUAUCUCUGAUUAAACAUCAGAAAAUACAUGGAGUUGUUUCAUGAAAUCAAUGAAAUGAUGUCACAAUGUAGAAUGUUUUAACAUUGUAGGAGUAUUUUAAUGAUGUCACAAUGUAGAAGGAGUAUUUUAAUGAUGUCACAAUGUAGAAUGUUUUAACAUUGUAGAAGGAGUAUUUUAAGGAAUUUCACAAUGUAGAACCCUAAACAUUUGCUCCAUUCAAUUGAUUUUAGCGUGAUAUGGAUAUUAGCCUUGGGAAAAUACCAGGCUCUGAAUUGAAAGAGUACUAUUUUUGUGAUUUAACAAAAAUUGUCCUCUAACCAGUGAUGUACACAUUAUUCCCAAAUUUCGUGUGUUUUUAAAGCUGUUAGUUUUAACAGGACGUGCAACCUCAUCUCCCUCCUCUCGGCACAAUUGAUUUCAACAUGAUAUCUAUGAGUUAUGACAAAUAAGUGUUGUGUUCCUUUGUUCAGCGACACCUACAUUUAAUUGCAUCACUCCAAAAUGUAGCUGACUGUCUUCUGCAGGUUGUCCUCUAACCAGUGAGGUGAAAGAUAUCUCCCAUUUCCAUGUGUUUUUUUUAGUUGUGUUAGUUUCAACAGAACUUACAACCUGAUUUCCCCCCCUAAUCGAUAUCAGUGAUUUAUUGCUACUUUUCUUAUGCUUGUGCAGUUUAUAAGGAGCUUGUAUAAAAAAUACAAGUAAUGUGAUUAUUGU